UCCAUCGCCGUCUCCACUCUCCACGCCCCAACCAAGCCCAAACUCCCCCCGCUUCCUUUUUCUAUCGCUUCCCUCGCAUGGAAGCCGCGCCCCGCCCGCGGCCGCCGCAGCAGCAGCCUCGCCGCCGCCGCCGUCACCCCUACCCCUAAAUGCGCCGCCCAUUCGCCGCCGCCGCGGCCCUCCGCCUCCGCCUCCUCUCCUCGUCUAGCUCCUCCUCCUCAUCCUCCUCCUCCCUCCCCCGCCUCCCCUCCUCGCCCUACCCUCUCCACCACCUCCUCCUCCUCUCCCGCCGCAGCGGCGACCACCACGACCACGACCACCCGUCGCCCCCUCCUCCCUUCUCGCCCCGCCCGCUCCUCGCCUCGGGGGUCCUAGGGCUAAGCCGGUGGCGGGCGCGGGCGCGGGCCCUCCCCCCGGCCCCGUCGCCGCCGCGCGGCCCCGUCGCCGACGCGCCUCCCGUACGGCUCACCCUCUCCCGCAGUUAUUCUCUUCGUGUCGCCAAGGCGAAGAAGAAGGCGCACUUUGACGAUGAGCACAGCCAUCGAGCGGUUAACACAGCACUGUGGUGUAAUUUUCUUGUCUUUUCGUUGAAGUUUGGUGUAUGGCUUUCAACAUCUAGUCAUGUUAUGCUAGCUGAGCUAGUGCACUCAGUUGCAGACUUCGCUAACCAGGCUCUUCUUGCAUAUGGCUUGAGCAGCUCAAGACGUGCUCCAGAUGCUCUACACCCCUAUGGUUAUUCAAAAGAAAGAUUUGUAUGGUCCUUGAUAUCUGCAGUUGGAAUAUUUUGUUUGGGUUCAGGUGCUACCAUUGUGCAUGGAGUUCAAAACUUAUGGAAUUCGCAACCCCCUGAGAACAUCCACUAUGCUGCAUUAGUGAUUGGUGGGUCCUUCCUAAUUGAAGGUGCUUCACUGCUGGUUGCUAUAAAGGCUGUUAGGAAGGGUGCAGCAGCAGAAGGAAUGAGUAUCAGGGACUACAUCUGGCGUGGUCAUGAUCCAACUUCAGUUGCUGUCAUGACUGAAGAUGGUGCUGCUGUUACAGGUCUUGCAAUUGCUGGAGCAUCUUUGGUGGCUGUUCAAACCACAGGCAAUGCUAUGUAUGAUCCAAUUGGCUCCAUCAUUGUUGGCAACUUACUGGGAAUGGUUGCUAUUUUUCUAAUCCAGAGAAACAGGCAUGCUUUAAUUGGAAGGGCUAUUGAUGAUCAUGACAUGCAGCGUGUUCUUGAGUUUCUGAAGGCUGAUCCGGUUGUAGAUGCUCUUUAUGAUUGCAAAAGUGAGGUGAUUGGACCAGGAUUCUUUAGAUUCAAAGCUGAAAUUGAUUUCAAUGGAGUAGUCCUGGUGCAGAAUUAUUUGGAAAGGACUGGACGUGGAGAAUGGGCAAAACAGUUCCGGGAGGCUUCAUUGUCCAAGGAUGAUACGGAGUUAAUAAGGGUCAUGUCUAACUACGGUGAGGAUGUAGUCGAAGCUCUUGGGUAUGAAGUGGAUCGGCUGGAGUCAGAGAUCCAAAAGAUUGUGCCUGGGAUUAAACAUGUUGACAUUGAAGCACACAACCCAGAAGGGCUUUCACUUUAGAGUAACAAUUUUGUAGAUGUGGAUAUAUUCUCCAUUCGAUUGGUCUCACUUGCUGUCAAUUCCAACACAAUUUUUUGUAUGACAUUGGUAUUCAUCCUCAGCGAUUUUGCUGUUGGCUUGUUGCCAUGUAAGAAUGAUAAGCUUAUAACUUGUUGCAGAGAAAGGGAGUAGUUGAGCGCGGAAAUUACUCAAACAA